AUGGCGGCUGCGAACAGGGAAAGGUUGGUCCACUUUCGAUCGAAAUUAGAGGUAAAUGUGACCGUAUUAUUUAUAAUUUUUUCAAUUUAUGCAUCUCUUCUUUGUACGUAUUAAACUUUUCCAAGUAUGAAACCUCCCGGGCUCACAUAAACCAGUUUUAAAAUUCUUCUGUAUCUCCAAUAUCAAAUGUUUGUUACAUCUGUCCAUCUUUCCUUAAAUCAGGAACUUGGUUGCCCGUAUUUAGGGGGCGUUGAGGAUUCAUGGAUAGAAGAAUUGUUGUUUAAGCCUGGAGAGCCAAGACUGAGACUCCUGCAGUGGAGUUUAGCAAAGUAAGCUCGUAAGCUCUCUGAUUUAAUGUGCUCCCCCAACCCAAGUAUUAAUUUGGUUAAAUGUAAUUUAACUAAGUUAACCACCACGAGCUUAGCGGUCAAGCGGUUCACAAGCGUAGCGGUCAAGCAAUUCACAAGCAUAGCGGUCAAGCGGUUCACAAGCUUAGCAGUUGAGCGGUCCACAAGUUAAGCGGUCUAGCGGUCCACAAGCUUAGCGGUCAAGCGGUCCACAAGCUUAGGGGUCAAGCGGCCCACGAGCGUAGCGGGCAUCCAGCGGUCAAUCCCAUAAGUGCAGGCUCACAUGGUGUGUGGUAGCUUUGUACAUGGCUAGGAUCUGCGAGUUGUUCAUCGAGCGUUUGUGCAGUGGUCUGUGGAGCGGUUCAUUUAGCGUCUUCCCCCCCAUCCCAUCCCUAUUUUUCUUCCUUCCACUGUUUGAUCAGUGUGACGGGUGCCUGGAAUGGGGGCUCAUGGCUGGGUUGCGGGGAUUUGCCAGCCAUGGGGGCAGUUUUUCUAUCUAGGGGCUGGCUGGCCACAGUGGAAGCCCCUGGGUAUCCCAGGCACCCACCUUCCACUUAAGCGAGGCAGUUGGUUAACGGGAGAGGUAUAAUUUUUGUAGAGUAUGGUGGUUCUGGUGAUUUCAGAUUGUUUGCUCCUUGGCAAUUUUUGGAUACCACCCUAUUAUUUGGUGUUUUUUUGUUCCUUCCCCCACCUCAUUCUAUAUUUCAAUACUAAAUAAAUAUGAGUUAACUGAUUCUUCUUGUUUUUAUUGAGAAUUUUUUAUGGCUCCCUAGUACCUUCAGUCACACUGGGAGAGAUUUUUAAUUGCUCCCUCCUAAAACCUAACAAAUACUCGCCCCACAAAAAAUCCAUAGCCCCCUUAGGCAUUUUUGAAACACGAAAUGCUGAAAUGACUUUUCUCAACAGUAAAACCAACUGUCCCCCUUGUUACUUGUCAAGUCCAGUCAUUUCUUUUGCCUUUUUUGAACCGGCGAAACUCUGCUCAGCAUGCAAAACUUCAUAAGUCAUGUUUUGCCAUUGCAGUUGUCACUUCUUUUUCUUUAUCUUGAGUUUUUGUUUCUUUGUUUUUGUGACUAGUCACAGUCAUGUGAUCUUCUGGUUAUAAGGGUAGGGGGUACUCAACCAAUGUUUGGGUAUGGGUUACGUAGUUAUUGCUUUUGUAUACUUGGAGUACAAACAAAUUUCAUCAAGAAAAUCAAAUCAAUUGUGCAGGCAAUACCCUGUUUAACAAAGUCGAUGUUUUUUAAGUUGUUUUUAAAAACUUUAAAGUUUGAAUUUGUCCUUAAAGGAUCUGGAGCUGAGUUCCAUAAUUUUUCGGCCAAGUAGCUCCACAAUUUUAGGCCUUAUGAGGUUGUUUUUUCACUGUGUAAUCUUUUUUUUUUUCAUAAUUAUUAAUAACGUUCUUUAACUAUGGAUCCACUCAAAUAACUUUAACUAUGGAUCCACUCACUUAAAUCUUUUUCUUCUUAAUUUGAUGUUAGCGUGAUAACAGUACAUACAUGUGUAGUUUCUGCUGACUACUCAAUAUAGAUGUAGAUAACCUGCUUCCCAAACGCCUUUCAUGGGCACUUUCAUGUCACAGGUUUGAUCCAGUCAUCUACAACAUCCUGGAGAAUCAGCAAAGUAAAGCAUUUGGAAGAAAUGACUCAAGGCUUCAAAGUAAGAUGAAAUCAAGGCUGACAGCAUUUAUUUUUCAACAUCAAAUCAACAAGUCUUUGAUCUUCCGUCUUUAAAUUCACUUAUUGUCACUCUUUUUACUGCAGUAAUAAAUAACUUGCACUACUGAGUGAAGCUCUGUUGACUUUUUGAUUGGAAUAAAAAGUGUGACAUUUAAAACACAUUAAUGGGUUUGCUUUAUUUGCAGAACUUCUGUUUGCUUGUCAUCUCUUAGGACUGUGUAAAAGUGAUGAUAUUGAACUUGUACAGGUACUUUCAUGUGAAAAAAUACAACUUGCUUAAAAAAUCAAUUAUUACUAUUUUUUAAAAAUGUAUAUACAUUGCUGCAAAAUGCAGUCCAUUGUAAAAAACAGAGGCACAGAGGGUACAUACAUUGUAAAGUGUAUGUUAAAGGUAAAAUUCAUUCUUGACUCAGGCUAAACCAGUGUUCAAUCUGGUUUAAACCAGAAUUUCGUUUAUUUUCUAAUCCUGAUAAUUAGGGAUAAUUAUUAUGCAUAGGAGACAAAGGAAAUCUGGUUGAACCUGAUAACAGAUUUUUUACUUACAACAAAAAAAAAAAUUAUUGUAAAUAGGAAGGCCCAGGGGGCAGCAUUAGGGACAAUUAUUAGAAACCUCAAACCCCUUAAAAACUUCAAAAUCCACAAUUUCACAGAUCUCAUGCCUCUUUUGUAAACCAUGAUGCAUCGUGCAGUAGCGAUAAUAUGUCUGAAGUUUAUGAAAAAUUCUAUGCUUGAUCAUGUUACAUCUGUAUCUAACUUGUUGAAAUGCCAUCCUGAAAGAUCUUACCUCAUAAUAAUGUUCUGGUUUAAUUUUUAUUUGUAUUUUUCGCCCAGUUUAUUUUUUCCUGGAAACCAAAAGCUACAUGUACGCUACAUUAAAAAAAAAAAAAAAAACGGAUCAUUAUACGUUUCUGGGAAGCUGCCCACCUACCCCUCCUCUAAACCAACAUUAACACGUACUUGUCACAUAGGGCAAAAUGUUACCAUAGGAAAGGGGUAGCUGGGCAAAACAAUGUGCAAAAGACAAGAAACUGGAAAAACUGCACAUUUCAAUUAAUUAUUUCCCUCUUGUUUCUUCCUGCUUUUUCAAUGCUAUAAAAACCAAAAAAAGGGUUUCAAAAAUGGCCAAAUACACGAGACUAAAAACCCCAGAAAGGAAGGUUACAGGAACGAUUAAAAAAUAUAAUUUUGUAAUCCAUGAACUUAAAUAAUAUUUUCCAGUUUUUGUGAUUUGUUCAUCUACUGGUAGUUGAAAGGAUUCAAAAAAGGUUCAAUUCACAUCUUAAUUUCUGGGAAGCUGUUUGAACGACCUGACGAUGUACUAACUAUAUUAUGAAGUGUUGUAGAUGUACAUUAGUACCUCUGAGGUUUCCAAAGUCUUAUAACCAUAACGCUACCCUCAAACAGCUGCAAUAUGAUGGCAUGUUCCUUCAUUUUGGUGAGAGUGCACAUCUUUUUUGUUUUUAGGGUAACAAAUCUAGGAACAAACAAGCAGUGUUCUGGGAAAAUCUUUUGGAUCUUGUCAGCACUGUGGAUACACCAGCUCAGGCCAAUCUUACAACACCAGUAAGAUCAGCAAGGUCAGUAAUUAUGAAAAAGGUUAAUUUUGUGCUGGCUGUGUUGCCUGAAAAAAAGGAUAAUUUUAUAUGUGCUUUCUGUAAGGCCUCUUAUUUUGGGCAACACUGCUUGCCUCAUUUCUCUCCUACACAUCCCUGAGCAUCUUAUGUUGGACAACUGGCUUCUCGAGGGAAGCUGAAAAAGCAUUUGAAAGUGGAGUUGGCCUCUUUUAGAAUGAAAAGCUGAAAGUUCAAACAGAGGUCAUCAGAAGGUACAUGUAGCUGCAAGUAGAGCUGUAUGCUUACAAGUGUCAGAAAUAUAACUGAAUAAUCAGAAAAAUAUUGAAAUAGACAAUUGCUUUUAUAAAUGCUGAAUGGCGGACAGCUUUACAAGUUCCCGGUGACAUGUUUGAGUUCCCUGGCGUCUCCUGUACGUAUGAGUAGUUUACAACAUGCAACAACCAUGGAGAAAGGCAUUAUAAAUUAACAGCAGUUUCCGUAACGUAAAGAAUGAAAUGUUGUGAAAAGAAAACAAUCAUUCUAUUGGCAAAAAAAUGGAAAUUGACUAAUUUGGUUGAAAGACAAGUUAAGGAUCCUUUUGCAAUAACCUGUCCUAAUGGAAAAAAAAAUAAUGUUUCCUUCAAAAAAACAAAGCGUUAGGUAGAGAAAGUCAACUUGUCUUUUAUAUAUUUCUUUGCCAUAAAGUUUGGCUACAGCUCAUUUCUUUUUGGAAGACCAGUUCAAGAAUGACUGUUACUUCUUUGAUGCUUUAUGCCGCCAACAAGACCUUCAAGAUAUCUUUAGAUCUAAAGUUCAACUCUAUCCACCUGACUUGAUAAAAUCUACAUCAGGGCUUGAACAAAAAAGGUAAGUCAUAUGAAAAAUCAUGUACAUAUAACCUACAUGCUCUUUUUUAUUUUUCCAAAAAGUUAAGGGGCUGAGCCAUUUUUCAUAACGAAAUUACCCCCUAGAAAGAUAUAAAAAUUAAUAUUUGCGCAAUGCAAAACAAAAGGGGAUCAGUUUUUGGUGACUUUAGGACAAGUACUACCAAUAAAUCAUGAAAAAGUUCCAUUAAAAACAAACUAAGCAAAUUAUAUUAGCCCUCAACAAAGAAGCAAACAAAAAGAUUGUUUUGGUUGUUGUGCAAAGUGGUUACUACUUCUACUAAUGGAUUGUACUCAAUUUUUGUAACUCUAGGGGAUAAAUAUUAUUUUAGUUUUAGGGAUAGAGGACAUUCAUUUAGUCUUAAAAUUAAUUUAGAAGACAGAUUCAAAGUAAUUAAGGUCAAUUUCCCUUAUUUUAUUAUUAUGUUGCUGUUCAUCAUGUAACAUUUUGCAAAACUGUUUGUGUCAAUCAACAGAAUACCAGAUGAGAAACAGCUAAUUUCUGUCACAGAAAAACUGACCAGCGAACUAGAAGAACAGAGCAAGGAACUGGAGGAACUCAGAGAAAAGGUAUGAUGCCUGUAAACUUUUUUUUUAAAAAAAAAAGGAGCCUUGCAACUGAGAAUCCAGGUCUGUGCCAUUGCCCUGACCCUGUUUAAGACAAAAGACUUUUUUCUGAUAGCCCUAUUUAUCAUCCUAAACUCAUGUUUGUAUUAAUUUUUGUCCCUUAAAAUAUGUUUUACUUUCUUUCCAGGCUCCUUUAUGUGAUGCUGAUGCCAUCACAAUCGAGAAAGUGAGCAAAACAUUGUCUUUGUCCCUCACAACCAUGGCUCAAGUCGUGUCUGGAUUUCUUCAUUGUUUUGAAACUGAAAUGAAGCCAUGGUGUAGAAGGCAAGCACCUGUUCUGUCAGGUACACUUCGGCUCCUAACAUUUGUCAGAACCGGCCAGCCAGACUAGUCCAAUCCGAAGGACAAUUCCUCUGUAAAUCCUUUAAGCCCCAGUAUUCACACCUAAAUUCUCCAUACUGAUCUUCAUACAUUUCUUUAAAGAAUUAGUUGAGAGAGUUUGAAUAAGCAAUAGACCACACUUUCUAUGGGUUUACCGGCGUGAUAACCCACGCGGAAUGUUGAGAGGGCACGAGAAAAGCUUGUACAUCACGAGCCGAAGGCAAGUGAUUUACAAGCUUUUCAAGUGUUCUCCCAACAUCUUAAAUGGGUUAUCAUGCCGGUAAACCCAAAGAAAGUGUGGUCUAUUGCUUUUAUAAAAUAAUUUUAAGUUUCCCAUGAGUUUACUGGCACAAUAAACUAUAGGUUUUUAACCAAUUAGAACGCACGUACUAUCUUAGUUACUUUAUAAUAACAGAUCAAAGCAUUUUCUCUUUAGUGAUCAUUUUAUUAACUCUCAUAACCAUUUCUCUUGGCAACAUAUGGAUAUUGUUAGGAGAAAAUUGAUGUUGGUCACUUUUGGUACUUAAAGGGUUAAUCAGGACUAUCCCGAGCUAGAUCAGUUUAUUCCUGAAUGGUAUACAUGGAUGUGAUGGGUUUUAGCAGAAAUUUCAUUUUCAAAAUGACCGGUUACACCGGCCAGUUCUGACUUUUUAAAAGUAUUUUUGGUGAUAUAAGGCUCAACAAUUUUUAAGGUUGGGGAGUUUAAUUUCUUGGGAGUUGCGUCUUGGGGGAGGUUGCCAGUACUCAUCUCCUCAAAACAGGGGAGAAACAACGACCAGACUCGAGAGAGCGGCACAAAUCGAGCCUAGCCAGCCCUGUUUUGGAAAUGCUCCCGCUUUUGAGGGUCAAAGACUGACCUUUUUCGAAAACGAAUUUGAGAAAACGGCGAACCUGGAUUCUAUAACAUCUGAUAGGCCAUCUGUGAGUUGACCCAAGUCUUUUUGAAAACGAGAGUAUUUACAAUCUAUAAGUGCAAAAACGUGAAAUAAUUUUCUAUUACUGUUCAGACAAAAAGUCAUUUUCCCAUGGACUUUUUUUUUCCCUAUAAAGUCUCAUCUUGAAGGUUAAUGUUUUUUGAAACUCGGAAAUGGCCUAUUGGAAACUGCUCUAAUGAUGACAGUGUAACGUUGAUUGCAACUUGUAUAUUUGUUUGUUUGCAGAAGUGGGCCCAGCAUUCAGCAGAGUUCAUUCCCUUUUACUGAGAUAUCUUCAGGUUGGUAGUGUUGAUGAAACUUGACCAAGAUCAUACAGGAGAAAUUUGUUAAAGCUAAGCAAUGUACUUUAAAGUUGAGGUUGCGGUUUUCUUUGCGUAUAAGUUUGAGACAUUACCAGUGCACUGUUGAUUUACUAAACUCUUCGAAAGUCUGGUUAAAAAAAAAAUUCUAAGUGCUUGAAAACUGAAAGUAUAGCCCUGACUCCACUCUGGCGCAAAGCGUUUUCAACGAAAAGAAACUCAUCGGACCAGUUAUUUAAUUUUUAGUUUGCCGAACGCUUUUAUGUAAACACCAUUUAUCGUGAACAGUUUCAUAAAAACUUAAGGCGGACCAUAGCGUAGACUAGAAAAGCAGUUGUUUUCUUAAGCUAACUCACGAAGGAAGAGAUCUGGAGGUCCAAAGAUUUCCUAAACCGCGGUCUAAGUUAGCCUUCGUUUAAAUAGCCGGCCCAUUAUGUUAAGAAAAAUUUACUGAAAGUAUCCAAAUUCACUAUGACUUUUUUACAUCCCCGCUUGUGUUUCCACUUCAUGGUAUAUAACAUCUCACUUGUUAAAAACUAAAAUGUCUCAAGCGUUUGUCCGCGGCGUAUAAUGAAACAUACUUAAAGUUGCUCAUUUUGGUUCAGAAACUCUUUUCAAGUGUGCUUAGCCUGUUAGAGUGAUUUUUGUCUGUCUGACCUUCUCGUGUUCUUUUUUUCCCCUCAGACGCUUCGAAGUCUAGAAACGAUCAAGUCUUCUUACAGUGAAAUGUGUCAUGAGAGUAAAGCAAAAAUAUCCAGAAGACAAGGGAGUCAUUCGAGUGAGAUAUUUGUUACAUAAAUUUUAUAACUACUCUCAGCAGAUAGCUUCUCUUUCGAAAAAUUGGCGAUAAUUGGCCAUUGGAAGGUUUCACAGGAGAAAUGCAUUUGCCUAGUCCCUAGGCCUCAAUUUUCCGCGCGGCCAAAGCGUUUCGGGUCACGUGGUCCAAGCGAAGAUGUCAGUUUCCCGCCCGUUCGCCUCGGAUACGUCACCGAAGUGAAUUGACCGAUAGAGACUGGGAAACGCCGUUCAGGGAAUAGGCAAGAAUUGCAUUAUGGGACUGUUGUGGGUGACAAAUUUUGUCCCCAGUUUUCUGUGCCACCUUUUAAUAGCCGAUAGCGUCCACAAAACAAACCCACAGGCUUCGUUUACAACCUUAUUUGUUUCAUUUCAUUUUGGGUAUUCGGCGCGCAACAUCGCUAUUCAACUCGUUUUUUGCGGCAUUGCUGCAAAACGAGUUGAAUAGCGAUGUUGCGCGUUUUACCAUCCACAAGAAAAUACCUUGCAACCUUAUUUGUUAUGGGUGGUAAAGCGCGCAACAUCGCUAUUCAACUCGUUUUGCGGCAUUGUUGCAAAGCAAGUUGCACUUUUUUGUUGCCCUUUUUUUACUGUGGCGUAAAUCCGAACACAUUCAUUCAAAUACGUUGUAUUCACUUCAGAUAGACUGCGGAUUCGAAAUCUCCGGACACGCGACCAAACAGGGACGUGUUUAUUUCGGAUUCACGCACCUGCCGGCCAGCAUACCUAAAAGGACCGUUUAUUGUUUUCCCGUGUGGGAGAUUAUGAUAAUUAAUCUAGCGAAAGAACGUAGAAGCGAACUAACUGGCGCUUAGAUUUUUCAUUCCUUAAGAAUUAUCCUACAACAGGUACAUUGUAUGAUAGUGACGAUCUAAGAUCAGUUUUGCCUACCUUAAAACGCCCAAUCGUAGAUUGAGUCAAUCCUAACUAAGGCUUUACUUGCCCAACCUUGGUUUGCACUUGCUACAUCUGUAUAGAUGUAAGAGGAGUAGACUUGUUUUUAAGUUAUAGAAGAAGAGACCUUCAAUCAGGAGCCAAAAUCGCACAUUUACGUAAUUAUGUUUAAGUUUGGCUGUGUGUUUAUGUUUUCGUUUGCAUUCUAGGUGUUCUUAAUCCAUCUGACCUACAAACUCUUCAAAGUUGUUUAACCAUUCUUGAAGACUCUCUGCUGCGAUGGAAGGAAGUAGAACAUGAGCGGCAAACUUGAGGAAAAUAAUCAAGGAAGUUCUGAUGUGGCAAAUUAAAACAAAACAAGCGAGUAAGCUAGUGCCGUAAAAACUCGUGGCAUACAUAAUUAUCUUGACCUUCCAGCGAGACGCAAGCAGAUCAUUGAACCCAUUGGGACUAAAACCAGUUAAAUUUUGCCAGAAUAAAGAACUGAAAUGGCAGACGACCCUCUAGGGCUGGUUUGGCUGUCUUGUUUAUAAGGUGAGGAGGACGUAGUCGCGGUACAAACGCCAUCAGAAAUUUUACAUUUUAAAACUCACUAGUGACCGUCUGGUGAAUUUAAAGAAGCAGCAACUGACUGUGGAUAUGUAUGUAUUACAUCAAG